CAUCACGGUGCGCACCGCACAUGCAUACAUCUAGCGGUCAUGUAUGUCUCUACCUAUCCAUCCAGCCGCUAUUAGUAGAUGCACCCGCGCACACUGUCGUGGUCACGCUUCCGGACGGGCACAGUCAGCGACAAUAUUUGCUCCCUCUCACCCUCCGAUUCAUCGUCAACCCCCUCCACCUCUUUCGCCCCCCAUAGGCCUCUCUCGCACUUGCCGCCAACGCAGCAGUCAACCUGCGGCGUGUUCUCGCCACUCUGCUGCCACUGCUGCUGCUUCAGAUGCUUCACCUUUCCUGCCAAUUUGAUGCGGUCUUUGUGCAGCCGGGGACGGGUGACGGGCGCGGGAGGCAGCAGAGACAGAGAGCCGCUCUUGGGCAGUGACGGGGCCAGCUUGUGCUGCGAGUUGGUGUGGAGGCGGCUCGUGAAGUGCCCGACGCACGACGCAUACAUACGGGGCGGGGGCAGAUGGUGAGGCAGGCGGGGUGCCAAGAGGCCAGGGGGCGGGUGGUGGCUGAGCGUCGUCCGGUGGGUGGGGCUGAUCGGUGGAGACGUCUGAGCUGGUGGGGAGGGGAAGAGAGACACAGACACCUGGCACACAGGCGGCCGUACGAUGGCAGGCCUCCUCGGUGGUGCUGGUGGCGGUGGCGGCGGAUGGGCAAACAGGUUCAAGGGCCGGACGGGGACGGGGAUGUGAUGCAGAUGGCGAGACAUCAUGUUGGUUGAGUCGAUGCUCAUCGUCGGGGCGUUUGUGAAGGCCCGGGUGCUCUGCUGGCCUGUCAGCACCGAGUGGUGGUGCACCGGCGACUGCAUGACGGACACGCUCCUGUUGUGGAGCGUGUGGCGCAUCACCAGUGGGCUCUUCAUGUCGACGUAGACCGGCUCCUUUGCGUCAACAGGGCUGGCACACUUGACCCUGGCCGACGGCAGGGGCGACUCCAGGCAGGGCAACAUCUCAGUCGGCUCCUUGGCCUCAAUGGCAUGGAUCUUCUUUGUCCCCUGCCUUCGCACCCCCUUCCUCUCCCUCUCUCCGCGGUGGGCCUUGCUGGUAGCUGCAACAGCGUUCAAGCGCUUCAAUGGCGGCGGGGGCGCUUUGUCGCCGCUGCUGGCUUUUCGCUUGAUCACGGGAACCCGGGGCGGCUUCUUGGCUUGGGUUGUGGCAGGAGGGUGGGAGUGCCGCAGACGUGUGGUGGUGACCGGGUGCUGAGGUUUCUCCAGGACGGUGAAUCGAGACACGGGCGGCCCCGUGGCGAUUUUGCUGGCAUGAGUCAUCGGCAGUCGUGUGGUGAAGGGGCCGAGGUGGGUGUGGCUCUUGGCUGGACCAAGGCAGCCCGUCUUGUGUGUGUGCGGGGCGUGCGGGGUGUGCUGGAAGGGGAGGGAGGCCCUCAUGGGAAUGUGGUGGUUGAUGCGGCCUCUCGCCGAGUUGCAGCGCCGCAUCGCCGUCAUCUUGAUGUCCUUCUCCCUUGCUGCAUUGCUGGUGUCCCGCGCCAUGGCCGUAUGAGUGGGGCUGAAGUGUCUGAACCACUCCGCCAUGUUGCUGCGGAACGCCCUGCCAGAGGUGCUGCCAAAGAGAGUCGGCGGGGGGUAAACAGCUGCAGGCAGCGUGGCUUUCACCUCUGUCUCAUCCAUGUCUCUGCUGCCGAAUGAGGGCAGAUAGUGCUGAUGUGUCUUUUCACCGCCACCGACGACAGAGAAAGUCGGGAUGGCCCUCUCGGUAGCAAGCGGGGCUCCCGGCUGCGGAUGCUGCGCGCUGUGCAUGUUGAUGUUGUAUGUGGCGUGUGCGGCAGGGGGAAAGGGCGGCGGAUAGACAUAGUCCUGGGUGAAAGUCCUGUAUGGCGCCCCCCGGUAGAAGCCGUCUCUCGUGUCGCCCAGCACAUCCUCGCUCUCAUUGUCGGUGCUGUGCGGCACUAGAGGGCCGCCCCGGCUGGAGGAGAAGGCGAUCACCGGAGACAGGAUCUUGAGCGGCUCACGAGCAGUCAGCUGCCCCUCCCCCUCCCUCUCUCUGCUUCUGCUGCCCUCGCCAGUGAUGUUUCGGCGGACCACUUUGCCCUGCUGCUGCAGCUGGGGGUCCACGCCCUGCAGGAUGUCCCGCAUCGAGUCGGCUCGUUUGAACAGGGUUGCCCGGCCGCCCAGAGACCGACCUGCAAACACCGAGGCAGCAAGCAAUAAUUGAGAGACAGUCACUGAGCUCCAAUUGUAAGUACUGGGGAGUAUAUGCCUACGGUCGCCGGGCAGGAGGGCUGCGGAGGUUGUGGAUGACCCACCCCGGUGCUGGCGUGGCGACAUGCGGCCCAUGACGGCCAGCAGGGGAGAGCUGGUCACGUUCUUGGAAGGAAUCAUCGUCCAGUCAGCUCAAGUUGCUUCUGAGACAGAACCAAGACAGGCCAGCUGGGGCUGAACGGCGUGCGAUGCAUUUCUGCACUGCAGUGGUGUCGGCUUCCACCCCACGCACCUGCUUGCUCGUUCGGAAGGAGGAUUUGAU